AUGACGAGUAAACAAGUGAAAAAUCAGGUGAGAGACACAGUUGAGGGAGGCUUCGACACCCUUCACAGGGUUGCAGAUGUCGUGACUUUUCCUUUGGCCCCUCUGGACGGUGCCAUUCAUGGCACGGCCCGAGGGGUCCUCAACUGGCUCACAGAUACCCAUCCUGAUAGAUCCAAGUCCAAGGAAAAAUGUCUUCCUAAUGGCGGUGGCUAUGGUGGCGGACAUGGGGGCGGCUACGGAAAUGGGGGUGGCUACGGAAACGGGGGAGGCUAUGGCUGCGGAAACGGGGGAGGCUAUGACGGCGGAAACGGGGGAGGCUAUGGUGGCGGCUAUGGAGGUGGAUAUGGUGGAAAUCCCAACCGCAGAGCUUUCAACUUUAAAGGGAAUGAGAUUAGCAACAACGAGGGCCCAGUUAAUGGAUUUAACAACUUUGGCAACAGGCGUGGCGGCGGCCCCUACAGUGGCGAUUCUGAAUUCGGCUUUGAAAACAAUAAAAUGAACGGGAACAAGGGCCCCACUAGGGGAUUUAACGACUUUGGCAACGAGUACUGA